UAGGCGGAAGUCGAACAGAAGAAGAAACAUACCUUUAGGAAAUUCACCUACAGAAGUGUCGAUCUGGAUCAGCUCCUCGAUAUGUCCUACGAGCAGCUGAUGCAGCUGUACAGCGCUCGCCAGAGCAGGCGUCUGAACCACGGCCUGCGUCGUAAGCAGCAUUCCCUCCUGAAGCGCCUUCACAAGGCAAAGAAGGUGGGAUCUCCCAUGGAGAAGCCAGAGGUAGCCAAAACUCACCUGUGCGACAUGAUCAUUCUCCCCAAGAUGGUGGGCAGCAUGGUUGGCAUAUACAACGGCAAAACCUUCAACCAGGUGGAAAUCAAGUCCGAGAUGAUUGGCACUACCCGGGUGAGUUCUCCAUCACUUACAAGCCAGUGAAACAUGGCAGACCUGGUAUUGGUGCCACCCGCUCAUCUAGGUUCAU